CGACACCCGCAAAACACGUUGUCCACGGAGGAAAAAUCCUCUCACUCGUUAAUAAAUUUUUGAAGGAAUAUGUUAAACGGCAGGUGUCUCCAUUGCAUGUAAAUCAAAAGGCAACGGAACGGACCAAAUUCUUUUGGCCGAUUUGCAGGUUAGGUAACCGCUCAAAGCUUAUUUGCGUGUGCAGAGCUCUGCCUAUUUAAGAGGACAAUUUUGGUGUGUUCAGCGGCUGGAUUUGGAGAAAAUUCGAAGGAUUUAGAGAGAUUUCUUGCUAAAUUAGUGUUAUCAGUUAUUUCUGAUAGCCAAUCUUAACAAUGGCUGCACCUUCUUUGAAGAAUGAUGUAAUCUCUUCGCAGGCAAUCAUAAGGCCUCCUCCAACACCCUCUCCUUUACGCAAUUCUAAGUUUUCACAGGCAAAAAUGAGAGUAUUGGUAACAGGGGGAGCUGGGUUCAUUGGAUCUCAUUUAGUGGAUCGGCUGAUGGAAGCUGGCGACAAAGAGGUAAUUGUAGCUGAUAACUACUUUACUGGUUCAAAGGAUAAUAUCAGGAGGUGGAUUGGACAUCCAAACUUUGAAUUAAUUAGACAUGAUGUGACAGAGCCACUACUGGUAGAAGUAGAUCAAAUAUAUCAUCUAGCGUGCCCAGCUUCACCUAUAUUUUACAAGUACAAUCCUGUGAAGACGAUAAAGACUAAUGUGAUUGGAACAUUGAAUAUGUUGGGACUUGCUAAAAGAGUCGGAGCAAGAAUUUUGCUAACAUCAACAUCUGAAGUCUAUGGUGAUCCUCUUGAGCAUCCUCAGAAGGAGGAAUAUUGGGGCAAUGUAAACCCAAUUGGAGUUCGAAGCUGUUAUGAUGAAGGGAAACGAGUAGCAGAGACUCUGAUGUUUGAUUACCAUAGGCAGCAUGGCCUAGAAAUCCGAAUUGCUCGAAUAUUUAAUACUUAUGGGCCACGGAUGAACAUUGACGAUGGUCGUGUUGUCAGCAAUUUUAUUGCCCAAGCACUCAGAGGCGAAUCAUUGACAGUUCAAGCUCCAGGAACUCAAACCCGAAGCUUUUGCUAUGUUUCAGAUAUGGUUGAUGGCUUGAUUCGUCUUAUGGAAGGAGAACAUACUGGACCUAUCAACAUUGGAAAUCCUGGAGAGUUCACUAUGUUGGAACUUGCAGAAGCUGUAAAGGAGCUUAUUGAACCUUCAGCAGAUGUAAAAAUGGUUGAAAACACUCCAGACGAUCCACGCAAGAGGAAACCAGACAUUACCAAGGCAAAAACCCUUCUCGGAUGGGAGCCAAAGGUUACCCUACGGGAGGGACUACCACUUAUGGCAGCAGAUUUCCGUGAGCGGCUAGCAGUCCCUAAGAAGUGAGGAGAUAAAAAGAAGGCAUUCUUAUUUAAUUAACUGUUACUUGGAGAAGCUUGGAUAUGUAGAAGCCAGCACAAUAGUUUUGAGCCCAUGAUGAGACCGCUUAAUAUCGUGUUGUGGUCCAGCUACAGGCUUUUUCUUCUUCCUUAGAAUCUGAACAAAUGAUAAAUCCAUUUCACGAAUUUUGAUUGCUACAGAUUUCUCUAUAGAGAUACUGUAAGAAUUGUAAAGGCGUGGUUUUUUUACUUAUAGCAGUUCAAACUUUAUCAGAAAAUUAAUUAAAGUUGAUGUUUUCAAUUGAUUUUGGUAUGAUAAUGCUCACUCUUUUUCUUCCAA